GCGGGCUGAAGGCGGCGCGGGCCGGACGCGGGCCGAGCCCGGCGGAGGACGCGCGGCGGCGGCGGCGGGCGGCGGGAGGCGGCGGCGGCGGCGGCAGGGGUGGUGAGGCGGCCUGCGGUGUUCCGGCCCGGCUGGCCGUGGGGAGGAGCGGCUGCGAUCAUGUCGGCGGGCGGCCGCGACGAAGAGCGGCGGAAGCUGGCCGACAUCAUUCACCAUUGGAACGCCAACCGGCUGGACCUGUUCGAGAUCAGCCAGCCGACCGAGGAUUUGGAGUUUCAUGGAGUCAUGAGAUUUUAUUUUCAAGAUAAAGCUGCUGGAAACUUUGCAACAAAAUGUAUUCGGGUCUCUAGCACAGCAACCACUCAAGAUGUGAUUGAAACACUGGCAGAGAAGUUCCGCCCUGAUAUGCGCAUGCUCUCCUCUCCCAAGUACUCCCUCUAUGAAGUGCAUGUCAGUGGAGAAAGAAGAUUGGACAUUGAUGAGAAACCUCUAGUUGUACAAUUGAAUUGGAACAAAGAUGAUCGGGAGGGUAGAUUCGUCCUUAAGAACGAGAAUGACGCCGUUCCUGCCAAGAAGGCUCAGAGUAAUGGACCUGAAAAGCAGGAGAAAGAAGGUGUUAUUCAGAACUUCAAAAGAACUCUCUCAAAGAAAGAAAAGAAGGAAAAAAAGAAGAAAGAGAAGGAGGCAUUGAGACAAGCCUCUGAUAAGGAAGAAAGGCCUUCUCAGGGAGAUGACAGUGAGAAUUCUCGACUGGCUGCUGAAGUUUACAAAGACAUGCCUGAAACCAGCUUUACUCGAACAAUUUCUAAUCCUGAAGUUGUUAUGAAACGGCGGCGGCAGCAAAAACUGGAGAAGAGAAUGCAAGAGUUUCGGAGCUCAGAUGGGCGGCCUGACUCGGGUGGAACACUGAGAAUAUAUGCAGACAGUUUAAAACCAAAUAUUCCAUACAAGACAAUCCUGCUGUCUACUACAGAUCCCGCAGACUUUGCUGUAGCAGAGUCUUUGGAGAAGUAUGGUCUGGAAAAAGAGAAUCCCAAGGACUACUGCAUUGCCAGGGUUAUGCUUCCUCCUGGAGCCCAGCACUCUGAUGAGAGAGGUGCUAAAGAAAUAAUUCUUGAUGAUGAUGAAUGUCCUUUACAAAUCUUCAGGGAAUGGCCAAGUGACAAAGGAAUUUUAGUCUUUCAGUUGAAGAGGAGACCACCGGACUACAUCCCAAAGAAAAUGAAGAAACAUGUUGAAGGGAAGCCGUUGAAGGGGAAAGAUAGAGCUGACGGCUCUGGCUACGGCUCUGCUCUUCCUCCUGAGAAGCUGCCCUACUUAGUAGAGCUAAGCCCAGGGAGAAGGAAUCACUUUGCCUACUACAGCUAUCACACUUAUGAAGAUGGCUCUGACUCCAGAGACAAGCCAAAGUUAUACCGCCUUCAAUUAAGUGUGACUGAAGUUGGGACAGAGAAGUUUGAUGACAAUUCUAUCCAGCUGUUUGGCCCCGGAAUUCAGCCCCAUCACUGUGAUCUCACCAACAUGGAUGGAGUGGUCACUGUGACUCCCAGAAGUAUGGAUGCAGAGACCUACGUGGAUGGUCAGCGCAUCUCAGAGACCACAAUGCUGCAGAGUGGCAUGAGACUGCAGUUUGGCACCUCGCAUGUGUUUAAGUUUGUGGACCCCAUCCAGGACCAUGUUCUUUCCAAGAGAUCUGUGGAUGGAGGCCUGAUGGUCAAGGGCCCAAGACAUAAACCUGGGACCAUUCAAGAGACAACCUUUGAUUUGGGAGGAGAUAUCCACAGUGGAACAGCAUUGCCGGCAAGCAGGAGCACUACUAGACUGGACAGUGACAGGGUGUCCUCUGCCUCUAGCACAGCUGAGCGUGGGAUGGUGAAGCCGAUGAUCCGAUUGGACCAGGAGCAGGAUUAUCGACGAAGAGAAAACAGGAUUCAGGAUACUGCUGGGCCUGAACUGAUACUGCCUGCCAGCAUUGAAUUCAGGGAAAGCUCUGAAGAUUCUUUCUUAUCUGCCAUUAUAAACUAUACCAAUAGCUCUACAGUUCAUUUUAAGUUGUCACCUACAUAUGUGUUAUACAUGGCAUGCCGGUAUGUAUUGUCCAGCCAGCACAGGCCCGACAUCAGUCCUACAGAGCGUACACAUAAGGCCAUUGCUGUUGUCAACAAGAUGGUGAGCAUGAUGGAAGGGGUCAUCCAGGAAGUAGACCAGGUUGAUCAGAAACAGAAGAACAUUGCAGGAGCACUUGCUUUCUGGAUGGCAAAUGCAUCUGAGCUUCUCAACUUUAUCAAGCAGGACCGAGACCUUAGUCGGAUCACACUGGAUGCCCAGGAUGUUCUAGCACACUUGGUUCAGAUGGCAUUUAAGUACUUGGUUCAUUGCCUUCAGUCAGAACUUAAUAACUACAUGCCAGCCUUUCUGGAUGAUCCUGAGGAGAACAGUCUGCAAAGACCAAAAAUAGAUGAUGUGCUGCAUACACUUACGGGAGCCAUGUCCUUGUUGCGGCGCUGCAGAGUCAAUGCUGCCUUGACCAUCCAACUGUUCUCUCAGCUUUUCCACUUCAUCAAUAUGUGGUUGUUCAACAGACUGGUUACUGACCCAGAUUCAGGCCUGUGUUCCCACUACUGGGGCGCAAUUAUCCGCCAGCAGCUGGGGCAUAUUGAAGCUUGGGCAGAGAAGCAGGGCCUAGAACUGGCAGCUGACUGUCACUUGAGCAGGAUCGUGCAGGCUACUACAUUGCUUACGAUGGAUAAGUAUGUACCUGAUGACAUUCCAAAUAUAAACAGCACAUGCUUUAAGUUAAAUUCUCUGCAGCUUCAAGCCUUGUUACAAAAUUACCACUGUGCACCUGAUGAGCCUUUUAUUCCUACGGAUCUCAUAGAAAAUGUUGUGGCUGUUGCUGAGAACACAGCUGAUGAGCUCGCCCGCAGUGAUGGCAGAGAUGUGCAGUUGGAGGAGGACCCUGACCUACAACUGCCUUUUCUUCUGCCAGAAGAUGGCUAUUCCUGUGAUGUUGUCAGAAACAUUCCAAAUGGUUUACAAGAAUUUUUAGACCCUCUGUGCCAGAGAGGAUUUUGUAGGUUGGUUCCUCACACACGUUCACCAGGUACCUGGACAAUAUAUUUUGAAGGAGCAGAUUAUGAAAGUCAUCUUAUGCGUGAGAACACAGAACUGGCCCAGCCUCUGAGGAAGGAGCCUGAGAUAAUCACUGUGACUCUGAAGAAGCAGAAUGGAAUGGGCCUCAGCAUUGUUGCAGCAAAGGGUGCUGGCCAGGAUAAACUGGGAAUCUACGUUAAGUCGGUUGUCAAAGGAGGUGCUGCAGAUGUGGAUGGACGACUAGCUGCUGGUGACCAACUCCUCAGUGUGGAUGGACGAAGUCUGGUUGGACUUUCUCAGGAAAGGGCAGCAGAACUCAUGACAAGAACCAGUUCUGUGGUUACACUGGAAGUUGCAAAGCAAGGUGCCAUCUAUCACGGCCUGGCCACCCUCCUUAACCAGCCAUCCCCCAUGAUGCAGAGAAUUUCAGAUCGUCGUGGCUCAGGUAAACCCAGACCAAAGAGUGAAGGUUUUGAGCUCUAUAAUAAUUCAGCUCAAAAUGGCUCCCCAGAGAGUCCUCAGAUGCCUUGGACAGAGUACAGUGAGCCAAAGAAGCUGCCUGGUGAUGACAGGCUGAUGAAAAAUAGAGCAGACCACCGUUCCAGCCCCAAUGUGGCAAAUCAACCUCCUAGCCCUGGAGGGAAGGGUCCAUAUACAUCUGGAACAGCAGCUAAGAUAACAUCUGUCUCCACUGGAAACCUCUGCACUGAGGAGCAGUCCCCUCCACCUAGACCUGAAGCCUAUCCUAUCCCUACUCAGACAUACACCAGAGAGUAUUUUACCUUUCCAGCUUCAAAGUCGCAGGAUCGGAUGGCUCCUCCUCAGAACCAGUGGCCAAAUUAUGAGGAAAAGGCACAUGUGCACACAGAAAGUAAUCAUUCCAGUAUUGCAAUCCAGCGUGUUACCCGUUCUCAGGAAGAGCUUCGGGAAGAAAAGGUUUACCAACUUGAGCGGCAUCGAGUGGAGGCAGGCAUGGAUCGCAAGUGUGACAGUGAUAUGUGGAUCAAUCAGAGCUCCUCGGUGGAAUCCAGCACAUCCAGCCAGGAACACCUGAACCAUUCUUCCAAGUCAGUUACCCCUGCUUCCACUCUGACUAAGAGUGGUCCUGGCCGUUGGAAAACCCCAGCAGCGGUGCUGCCCACCCCUGUGGCUGUCUCUCAGCCCAUUCGAACAGACCUUCCUCCACCACCUCCUCCACCACCUGUCCACUACACCAGUGAUUUUGAUGGUAUUCCAAUGGAUUUGCCCCUCCCAUCUCCUCCUGCCAACCAGGCAGGACCCCAAUCUGCUCAGGUGGCUGCUGCAGAGCGGAAGAAGAGAGAGGAGCAUCAGAGGUGGUAUGAGAAAGAGAAGGCCCGCCUGGAGGAGGAACGAGAGAGGAAGCGCAGGGAGCAGGAGCGGAAGUUGGGGCAGAUGCGCACUCAGUCCCUAAACCCUGCUUCCUUCUCACCUUUGGCCACACAGGCCAAGCCAGAAAAGCCUUCCACGCUGCAGAGGCCCCAAGAAACAGUCAUUCGUGAGCUGCAGCCCCAGCAGCAGCCCCGUACGAUUGAGCGCAGGGAUCUGCAAUAUAUAACCAUCAGUAAAGAGGAGCUGUCCUCUGGUGAUAGUCUAUCUCCAGACCCCUGGAAACGAGAUGCCAGGGAGAAGCUGGAGAAGCAGCAGCAAAUGCACAUUGUGGACAUGCUAAGCAAGGAGAUCCAUGAGCUGCAAAACAAGGUGGAUCGUACUGCAGAGGAGAGUGACCGUCUGCGGAAGCUUAUGCUGGAGUGGCAGUUCCAGAAGAGACUACAGGAAUCAAAGCAGAAGGAUGAAGAUGAUGACGAAGAGGAAGAUGAUGAUGUGGACACCAUGCUGAUCAUGCAGCGUCUGGAGGCCGAGCGGAGAGCCAGGCAGACUGCUAUGCCAGCAAUCUCUGUUCUAGAUUUGAUGCAGGAUGAGGAGCGCAGGCGCCAACAACAGUUGGAAGAGAUGCGCAAACGAGAAGCAGAAGAUCGAGUAAGACAAGAGGAAGAUGGACGCCAUCAGGAGGAGGAUCGAGUAAAGAGAGAUGCUGAAGAAAAGAGGCGACAGGAAGAAGGGUAUUACAGCCGCCUAGAAGCUGAGAGGCGCCGACAGCACGAAGAGGCUGCACGCAGGUUGCUGGAGCCUGAAGAGCCAGGGUUGAACCGACCUCCACUUCCACGGGACUACGAGCCCCCAUCCCUGUCCUCAGCACCCAGUGCCCCUCCUCCCCCACCUCAGCGAAACGCCUCCUACCUCAAAACACAGGUCCUCUCCCCCGACUCGCUGUUCACUGCCAAGUUUGUUGCAUAUGAUGAUGAGGAGGAGGAAGACUACAGUCCAGCAGGUCAGGAUAAGUACCCCAGUACAAGGAAGUCUCAUGGGCACCUUCCUCUUGCCACCCUUAAGCCGAAGCAGCCCCCCUGCCAGACACGCCCAGUCUCGGAUGGCAUCUCUCUCUACAACUCAUUCCAGCCACCCUUGGCCAAAGCCAACAGUACUGCUUACAUAGCAGGCCAGCCCCCACCCCUGCCAGGCAAACCAAGCCUGUACCGUCCUGGCCACUGGAAAGGACCAAACUCUUACUCGGGAUCUGCAGGCACAGCUGCUGGAGCCUAUGAUGCUCCUCGGGAAGCAAGAGAGAAACAAACUAGAAGCCAAGACGCAGACUUACCUGGCAGUUCUGGAGCCCCUGAAAACCUGACAUUUAAAGAGCGUCAGCGCCUCUUUUCACAAGGGCAAGAUGUGUCUGACAAAGUGAAAGCUUCUCGUAAAUUAACAGAGCUUGAGAAUGAACUGAACACAAAGUGAGAAGAGAGAGAGGACACCUUUACUCAAGCAGGUCUGCCCUUGGCAGGGGCUUGGUGGGGGCCAGCCUGAAGAGGAAGGAACAAUUCUACUUCUAAGUGAUGUUUAUUUUCUGUUUCUGAAAUGGUUGUAAUUUAGAGAUGUUUCAGUUCCAAGAAGCUUUGUUUUACUCUACCAAGAAAAAUCCUGUCUAGUUCUUAGUGAUCUGUAUCUGUGAAGUUACCUGUUUCUGUUAGUUUUUGGGGGAGUUUUGGACUCUUAGGGCAGAGUGAAGGGCUGUAAAGAUGAUGGGGUGUUCCCGCUACCCUAGCUUCUUUCAUUGUCAUUCCAAGGGCAGUAGGCCAAGAAAUUAUCUGUUUUUUCUCCAAACUCUAUUUGGUUACCAGACAGUGACAGCUGAACAGUUCAGAGCACUACUGUGUCAUAGUGGACUCUGUCUGAAGGAGACAGGCCUCUCAGCCCAGUGCGAAUGCUACCUACCUUCUAUCAUUUACAUGAGACGGCUAGAUGGAGUUUCUUAUGUAAGGUGCACAACACAUAAUUCUUGAUGAAUGUGAGCCUCCUGAUCAAUUUAAAUGUUUGAGAUUGAAUAUCUAAUUAACAAUUCAAUUUUGAAAAUUCUCAAGAAAAAUUUUGAGGAUUUAAGCCUAGGGAUUUUAUUUUUAUAAAUACCAAAUCCUCAUUAGAAUAAUCACUGGUGGAAAUUAAUGUAAUGACAGUUAUGUUAGAAAGUUACCUAAUAUUUCAGAGGUUGAAAAGGAUCUAGAGCUCUCUAGUUACACAGUUUUCGUGUAGGUAUGAGCAAAGACAUCUGAGAAGAAUGGGAGCUCAUGGGUGGCAGUAAAACAUAGGUGUCUCAGAAAUUCUACAUUUAGUAAAGAGAUUUAGAUCCACUGUCAGCAAAGGAAGGAGUGUGUUGCUGUGCCUCCGGUGACUUACGUGCUUUCUCAGCAUAAUAGAGUUAUUUAAUUUUAAUCUCUGGAUUUUGCAGUCAUUCCUCAGCUGAGUUGUGGGAGACAGACCUCAGUUUGCUUAUUUUGUGUGAAAGCUGACUUUAUAAUUUCAAGCACACUUUCUAUUUGAAAACCCCUAAUGUGGGUCCAGAGGAUCUUUCUGUACCAUACUAUUCUCUUACAAAUCUGUGCUUCAGGAAAAUAUGCACACUUUCAAAUAGAACAGAGGUAUUUGCAACCGGAAAAACCACUUUUAAUAAGAGCUGUAUGAUAAAUUGUUGAAAUAUAAGUGUAAAUAUUUUUUAUGUUUAUCCAGUUUCCUAUUUGAAAGUGUGUCUUUGUUGUUUCCUCUGUAAGAGAAUAGAAUGGCCCUGAGAGUUAUGAAGGAUUUGCAAACUUGUCUUGCCUAGGAAGUACAGUCUCCUUGUGACCUGAGCACACUGACAGCCUUCGGGUGUCAUAAUCAUCCAUCCCAAAGAAGGGCAGGUACCUACUGUCACUAGUACAUGGGAAGAUAGAUGCACAAAAGAACCAGCAAGCAUCUGAAAACUCUGCAUGUGUGUUUGUGAGACCCGUAGUGAAGUAGACUUGGCCAUCCUGGACAGUGAGGUCAGAUGUGAAUAGGUGUUGUAACGGCACGUUGAAUAGCGUGCAUUACUGUGGGGAAACACCCAAACUGCUGUUGUUUUUCAUUUCUACUGUAUUUCAGUUGCAACCUAUUUUUAAUAAACUUUGUAUCUAUUUAAGUGUAUUUGCUAUUGUUUUCAAAGUGCUGACAAAGUUUAUAUUUGUAAUGCCAACAUCUUCUUCCCCAUUUCCAUCUGUCACUCCUUCAUUAAACUGCUGAGUCAUUCC